UCCAUCGUGCAGGCCAAAUCGGCGGCCACCCUGCUCGGGCGUCUGCUGCUUUCUUGCUUGACGCGAUUCAGUUUAGCCGCAGCGCACAGUGAGACGUCAACUUCGCAGCGGGAGGCGCCGCUCCUCUGCGCGCCAGGACACCUUUACCGGCAGAGUUUCGUGAAAUCCGCGAGCACCACGCUAUCUGCUUAAGCCACCCGCGUUUGGCGACUGGUUAGCCAGGGCGAGGGGGACCCUACCCUACGUGACGCGUUUGCCCAAGUUUCGGUGCACCAGUUUUUGGCAUACGGAUGUUCGAGGCGGUGGACGCCUCGAGGCUGGCUUUGUCAACCGCUCUCGAUCAUCAGGGUGUAACAAAACCCCGACGCAAGUCGCUGCUUUAAGCAAUAUGGCUGCGCCUCCUGAUCAGGGUCGUCCAUCGAUGGCGUCAUUGCCGGGGCAAGCAGAUCGGCAACACUCUGAGCGUGAGACGGGCGGCGAGGGCGUGCGCCUAGAGGAAGCCGUUGCUGCCCAGCUCAUCGACAGAACCACCAGCCUCACCAUCUCAACCUGCGGUAGUGAGAUCGAAGACCGUCCUGCCACGAGGGAUGACCCUAGCCUUUUCGCCCUCGGUCCUUGCAGGAUCACCGGAGCCCACACCGGCACCUUGUUCGGCGAUGCCCAACGGUCUCCAGGCGCAUGCUCCGAGGAGUUGCGAGAACAUGACUUGACAACGUCGCCAGAAACAGCCCUUGGCACGUACAUGAUCACCAGCAGUUCCGCCACUGAGGUCCAGUCGACGCUGGGAGGUCGACAAGAAGUCGAAGACGUGGACUUUGCAAGCGCCACUGCAGUGGUUCGCCCGUGUAGAACCCCGAGACAAUUCUCUGAUCUCCCCAACGAGGUAUUGCUCCACAUACUAAGCUACCUCGACGUCUGUGAUUUGUUGGCAACCUCCAGGGUGCGUUCAAUCAUCCCCCUUGGCCGCCUCCAGUGUCCAUUGCACACCCCUUUCCAGUUGUAGACAUUCCUCGACGGUGCCAUUCCCCCAGAUCAUUAGCUGUCGAGGGGGCUUUGUGAUGGCUCUGCCUCGGAGCUGAGGAUGAAAGGAGAAACAUCGCCGACACUCCACCCCACGAGCUAGUCCAACCUGUCGAACUCCAUCUCCACCGU